GAGCGCGCACCUGGCUGUGAUUGACGCGCUGAUGUCGGCCUUCGCCAUGGAGACGAUGAGUUCGGUGAAGAUCAGCGUGGAUGGGCUGGAGGCAGACAGCGGCUCCACCCCCUCCAAGCUACAGCCAGUCCCCUGGGAGCACGCCAUCCUCUUCUGGGUCAACAAGCUGAUUCACAAGUUACAGGAGAGCACGGAGAGAGAGCAGACACACAGACCCCCGCCAGGGACAGACCUGCAGACACAGUCGUCGUGUCCAACCCGCUGGUACUGGAAGCUUGUUCCUGUAAGUUCUGUCUCUCUGUCUCUGUCUCUGUCUCUGUCUCUGUCUCCUCUUCAUUACACACACUGUGCAUCCUUGUAAAGCUACCUGCUUCCCCCCUGUGCGCUUUCAGUGGCGUGGCAGCAGCAGCAAUGUUUAAAUAACGAUAAGCUGGGGAGGGAGUCUCGAGGAUCUACAUUAUACAUAGCACCACAGACUUGUGAAAGCUACCAUAGACUGUAUAGUACCACCUCUCUGAAAUCCCCCACCCCUACUUGCUUCUGGCUGUGGUUUAUUCCUUUAAAAUGAGCCACUGUGGGAAGCCUGGGUGAUACCAAGUUAAAUUUUGUAGGGCAGUCCCAAGAGUAAGGUGUGUGGGUAUAUUGCCUUGUGGAAAGCUUUUUUGUGUUCCUCGAGUACAAAAAACAGGCAGACUUGCAUCAUGUAGACACUGGAACAUCUUGGAAGUGUAAAAUAUUCAGCCUGCAUAGAUGCAAUUAAUUGUA